UUUUAGCAACAACUGUCAAAAAAUACGUGUUUGUUUUCUCGGAGGUCGAGAAAUUUAUAAAAUGGGUUUCUAGGGAAAUCCGGUGUAAGAAGCAAAUAUUUAUGUAUUUAGUAGUGCAGUGGUAUAAUUUUAAUUAGCUGUAAUAAAAACUAUGACAGAGAAGGAAGAUGCUACCAAUCAACCCGAAAAAGAACCAUUAGAUGACGAAGCCCUAGAAAAGCUAGCAGUUGAGGAGCUGCUGCGGGAAGCUGUGCAAGGUGCUGCCAGAGCCGAAAUUGUGGGACCCUCCGGUUGGAUCAAAGCUCCGCAACAAAAGACUAACAAGCGUUUCUUAGUGAACACUUUGAGGAAUGCUGUAACCUCUAACAAAUAUCACUCGCGGCCACGCCGACACUCGCACAAAUCGCCGAACCGGGAAAAACAUCCAGAACCCUCCAUUAAAAAAGACAGAUCUAAAAGAAAACAUUAAAAUGGAGGAAUAUAAUAUUAAUGAUGUUUUAAAAAAUAUAUUUAAUGUUAAUGAACCAAACUGGAAACCUUCAGAGAAAAUUACUCUUGUGUCCAAAGAAAUAGAACAAUUGAAAAAUGAUUUAAGAACUCAUUUGGCAGCUUCUAAGUAUGAUAUAUAUGACGUGCUAGAGGAGAGCACAGAAUUAUGUCAGGAAACUCAAAGAUUAUCUAUAGACUUGGAAGCAUUGCGGCGAGACAUCGAUUAUGAUACCAUGUCAGAUAUUGUCAAAUCUCUUGCAAAACGUGACCAACUGACCAAAGAACUAGAAUCGGUAAAUUAUGCUAUAAACAUAGUUUACGAUGUUAUGCAAUGCGGGAGGUAUGUGAAAGAGUUUGAUGACGGCCGGGAAGCGCAGAGCUUCACCAGAGCGGUGGAAGCGGUGUACGACCUGCUGCAGUAUGUGGAGGUGCCUGCAGAUGGAUUUAAGAAUUUAGAUAUUUAUACUAAUACGAAGCAUACCGCCCAAUUAAUAUGGGACAGUUUGCUCCAUGAUCUGUAUGCUGAAUGGACCCGUAUGGUCGUGUGGAACCUCAAGGUCAGCCCUCGGAAAACAGUUGCCACCAUCAUGUUAAGUAUUGAUGAUAACAUGGUCACUGUAGACAUUCUUAAUGCGCUCGACAGAAGCAAAAAGCUGAGUGAAAAAGUAUCGGAGUUUGCUCAGUUUCUACUGAAAGAGGUCCUAAUACCUAUAAUCCAUAGUGAUUGUACAGUCUACGACGAAACUGACGAACUGAUGACCGUUACGAUAAUGCACAAGCCUAAUUUUAAACCACAGUAUGAUGCUGUAAUAUCAAACUUAAGAUUACUAUUUCACUACUUGAAUAAUAAGUUAAAUGUUGAUUUUAAGAGAGACACUACAAUAAUGAGGAUUAUAGGCAGCGAAAUUAGCGCUGAGUUCAUUGACAUCAUUGUGAAGAAUUGCCUGAUUGAUACCAUACCCAACAACAUUCACGAUCUACAGAGUUAUGGUCGGAUCACGUCCGAGAUUGAAGAUUUCCAGAAUUUCUUAGUGUUGGUCAAGUUCUUCACUGAGAAGUGCACUAUACUGCAUUAUGUAAACAACAUUGAUGUUCUAUUUGCAAGCAAGUCAAGCCAGUUCUUUUUGGAGACUGCUAGAGAAAUUAUGUUGAAGGAUUUGAGUGUGACGAUGUCUAUUGGGGUGGAGAGCGUGCAUGACGAAGAUUUGCAAGUGAAACCAAGUGACCAAUAUUAUGAUGCGCUGACUAUUCUUGAUACAACACUGCCGAAAAGUUUGUUCUUCUUUCCGAGGUGUAUGAUAUCGAAGUCAGCGCAGGAGCUGUUAGACCUGGUGUACGUGAUGAUGGAGCAGGCCGUGCAGUGUUCGGACGUGGUGUGCAAGAAGCUUUACAAUACCACCAGACUUGUGUUCGAGCUGUACGAUGCAGUGGUUCCAUAUCAUCACGAAAACUACCUACAAACCAUUCCUCAGUAUGUUGCCCUCUUCCACAACAACUGCAUGUACUUGGCACACAACCUGCAGACGUUCGGCGACAAGUGGCUGACGCUGAUGAUCGGGCGCGAGCUGGACUACCCCAUCAGCUUCGUGGACCUGGUGCAGAAGAUGCGCGACCUCGGCUACCAGCACCUCACCAUACACAUGCAGCAGCAGAGGAAGCAGAUAUUAGAUAAUAUUCGAUCUUCAGAUCUAAACUGCAUCGUGGUGAAGGACGAGUUGAGUGACAACGCUGAAGCGGCUGUCAGGCAGUGCCUUCGUCAACUACAUUUACUAAAGAAUGUCUGGAUUGGAGUGUUCCCCAGUAACGUCUUCACCAGGCUGAUGGCAACUCUAGUCAACAUGUUCUUGGACGAGCUGAUUCACCGGGUGUGCACAGUGGAGGACAUUUCCAUGGAGAUGGCAACACAGCUCACUGAGAUGUACACCAUCGUUGUACAGAAAGCUCCGCAUUUAUUCCAGUGUCUGGAUGACAUUGAGAUACAUGUGAAAUCCUGGAUCAAACUUCAAGAGCUUAUCUUCGUCCUGGGUGGUUCCCUCAAAGACAUAGAGAACCACUGGAAGGAUGGCACCGGCCCCCUAGCCGUCCACUUCACUCAUGAAGAACUACGUAGUCUGAUCAAAGCCCUGUUCCAAAACACGCAGAUGCGCGCCAAUUUACUCUCUAAAAUAAAGUAAUUUCACAUACAUUUUCAAUGUCAAUAUCUCAUAUUCGGUGUUAAAUAGUUUUAUGUGUCAGUUCAUUAACGGUAUAAACAGUUUGUGUAAGAUUGAUGUUCAAUUCACAAAGUUAAAUUGUAAUUAAUUGUAUUAUCCGAUUAAAUGUGUACGGAAGCAUAACAAAACAAUA